CGGCCCGCCCCCGCCGCCGGCGCCGCUUCCCUGAGGCGGGACCGGGCCGGGACCGGGGCCGGGACCCGGCGGCGGCUCCGGCGCUCCCCACGCGCGGCCCCGCGGGGCUCUGAGCUGAUGAUGGAAGAGGUGCACAAGGGCAGCAGCAGCAGCUCUGUCACGUCCCAGCCCUCAGCUGUACAAGGUACAACCCUGCAGGCAGCUCAGCUCUCUCAUAUUGCUCAACAGAUGUCUCUCAGAGGUUCUGCUCCCCUCACAGUCGUUCAGCUUCCUGGAGAGCAAGUCCAGGUCCAGGGAGUCAUUCAGACAGCUCAGUCCUCCUCUGUGAUCCACUCCCCUCAGGUGCAAACCGUGCAGGUAUCUUCCUUGUCUGAGAGUGAGGAUUCUCAGGACUCCUCAGACAGCAUUGGCUCCUCACAGAAGGCUCGAGGCAUCUUGGCUCGUCGUCCAUCCUACCGAAAAAUUUUGAAAGAUCUUUCUUCUGAAGACACACGGGAUAGAAAAGGAGAUGAGGAAAGCCCUGGGGUCUCCACUGUCACCUCCAUGUCCGUUCCCACACCCAUCUACCAGACAAGCACUGGACAGUACAUUGCCAUCGCGGCCAACGGGCUACAGCUGGCAGGGCCAGGGGCAGACGGGGUGCAGGGGCUGCAGACACUGACCAUGGCCAAUGCUGGUGGCUCCCAGCCCGGGACCACCAUCCUGCAGUACGCCCAGACCUCGGACGGGCAGCAGAUCCUGGUGCCCAGCAACCAGGUGGUGGUGCAGACUGCCUCUGGGGACAUGCAGACGUACCAGAUCCGCACCACGCCCACCACCUCCUCCCUGCCCCAGACCGUGGUGAUGACAUCCCCGGUCACUCUGACAUCCCAGAGCAGCAAGACAGAUGACCCACAGCUGAAACGAGAGAUCAGGCUGAUGAAGAACAGAGAAGCUGCCCGGGAGUGCCGUAGGAAGAAGAAGGAGUAUGUGAAAUGUUUGGAAAAUCGAGUGGCAGUCCUGGAAAAUCAGAACAAAACUCUAAUUGAAGAGCUAAAAACUUUGAAAGAUCUUUACUGUCAUAAAAGUGUGUAAGAAGAGAAGGUAAAAACCUUUGGGGACUGGUGAAAUAUCAGAGGAGAAUUUUUUUUUUUUAUACUGAAUUUUUUUAACUAGAUGAAAGGUCAAAAAUGAAACUUUUCUACCUAGAUUUCACAGCUCAAAGACUCUAUAGAUUUUCUUUACAACAUGUUGGUGACAAAGUACAAAGAGGAAACAAGAAAACCUCACCAAAAUUCCUGCUGGCACAACUGGAAACUGCUAAAUUCAAGAUUGCAGCUACAGUGGAAGGACAGUCACGUGUGGCGAGGCAGGUGAUGAGAGUUUCUUUGAAAAUUCCUAUGAAUGCCUCUAAUAAGGGAGGCAAAAUUUGGUUACAAAGAAAACAUGGAUGAAACAGAAUCCUUGCCAUAGCUGACAUUAUUAGUAACAUUUAUAACCAGUGUAUGUUUUGAUUUCUUACUCUUUUUCAAGCCUUUUUCCUUCAGUUAUUUGUCUGUAAAUAUUUUUAUUUUAACCUGUAAGUUGGUAUUUACAGGUGCAGGUGAUAAAAAUGCUGAUACUUUGCUCGAGGUAUAAAUUAUGUUUUUACUCUUUCUCAGAUGACAAUUUAAAAAGUUGGGAUGAUUUUUUUUUUUCCAUGUUUGCCGUGUUUAUCAGAUUGGGAAAGGAUCUGCAGAAGGCAGCAAGAGGCCUGGUCCUGGAAAUGUCUGAGGCACAGAAAAUUGUGUUGAUUUUCUCAGAGAAUUCAACACAUCAGUGAUUUUAAAGCACAGUGUGAUGGGCAAAGACUGGUGACAAAAGUUCUGAAGAAUUUCUGAGAUUAAACUUCUGAAAGUUUUUAAUUUCACAAGAGUUUGUUCUUAGUUCUGGGCAUGAGAAACAUCGAUCAUUGAAAAUUAAAUUGAUCAUAUUUACAAUUAAACACUCAGUGCUUGUCCUGGCUGGGGAUUCUCCUGGGCUUUGGAACAUGAAACCAAAUAGAAGACAAAUGAUGUAGUAAAAAAUGGAAGAUCUAUACCAAAGGGUUUUGAGGUUCUAAUCUCUGGUUUAUUGCUGGAAGUAGUGCAAAAUUACAAUUUCCAGCCUAAUUUUGUAAGGUAGGAGCUAUUUUGCAAAGUAAUGGUAUCUUUGUAAGCAAAUACUAUAUUGCAAACAGGGAGAUGGUUGGUAUAUUUUGUAGCUAAAUUGUGAUCUUUACAAAACCUGAAAUUGAGUUUCUAUACGUAUUUUGACAGUUUAUAUCUUUCAUUUUAGUAACCAAAUGAAAUAUUUUGUGAACCAGAUUUUCAAGGAUAUAUUUUUAUGGAUAGUACAAAGUCAAAUGAGAUCCUCUUUGGUGUAGGAGAUACUUGAAUUAAUUUUGUAUGUCUGUAGGCAACUUGCAGAAAAAAAUGGAUCCUAAAGAGUAUUGGGGUGGGGAGGGAAAAAGAGGGAAAAAAAAUUAGGGCUUUUUACUCCCCAGAGUUGACAAUAUCUGCCCAUUAGAUCUCAUUGUAUCAGAGAAUCCAGUUGGUAAAAUUUGAAUUUGUUUCAGGUGAAAAUCAAAAGUUUGACAUGAUCAGGACUCCUUUACCUGGGGAAUCUCCAUUCUUGGAGAUGCCCAGAGCUGUCUGGCUGUGGUCCUGGUGGCCAGGCUGUGGUCCUGGUGGCCAGGCCGUGGUCCUGGUGGUCAGGACAUGGUUCUGGUGGCCAGGCUGUGGUCCUGGUGGUCAGGACAUGGUCCUGGUGGCCAGGCUGUGGUCCUGGUGGCCAGGCUGUGGUUCUGGUGGCCAGGCUAUGGUUCUGGUGGCCAGGCUGUGGUCCUGGUGGCCAGGCUGUGGUCCUGGUGGCCAGGCUGUGGUUCUGGUGGUCAGGACAUGGUUCUGGUGGCCAGGCUGUGGUUCUGGUGGCCAGGCCGUGGUCCUGGUGGCCAGGCUGUGGUCCUGGUGGCCAGGCUGUGGUUCUGGUGGCCAGGCUGUGAUCCUGGUGGCCAGGCCGUGGUCCUGGUGGCCAGGCUGUGGUCUUGGGCAGGUGCUGUAGGUGACUGCAGUGCUUCUUGCAUGAGUAAUAAACCAUUUCCAUAGCUGGGAUUGAAUCCUGCUUCCAGUUCUGUCAGCAGGAAUUACACAAUGCACUGGGCUGUCCCAAGGUGUUCGAGCUCCGUGUGUGUCGUGCUAGCUCAGAUCUGGAUGGAAUUCCAAGCUGUGCUCCCUCCCUGGAUGUGUAAUGCUUAUCCCAUGGUCAGUCAGUAUUUUUGAUUUUACUCCUUUGGGAAUUAAUGGACUUGUAGCAAGCAGAGCUCUUUGCCAUGAGGAAUCUGCAUUCCACAGUCUCCUGGUUGUGGGCUAGAAAAGGAUUUUUUUUUUUUUCCCCUGAAGUUCGUAAGUCUCUGAUUGUUGUGGGCACGAGUCCCAGUGUGUUUCCUUUAGGCCAGGCUGGAUUGUGACUCCUGGUUGCCAUCAUGUCAGGAAAAAAGCCAUGUGACACAUCAGAAAUGAGGUUGGGAAAAGUCCUAAACUGAGGGAGCUGCUCCUGGAGAGGUGUCGGUGUUUCCCGUUUCUUUGGUGGAAUUCCAGGAAAAUUGAACAGCCUGGAAUGUGCCUGGAACAUGCACCUCAGAGAGCUGGACCUUUCCUCAGCUGUGUAACCUGGCACGUGGGAGAGGGUUUGACCCACAGUUCUGAACUGCUGUGGGAACUCUGAUCCUCACGGUGUUCUCUUUUUUCCUUUUGUAAGAUGGAACAAUAAUAAACAAAAACUAUCAAGUGUUAAGACUGUAAAAACCUAGUGGCCAAUUCUUCUUGUAUCCAGCAAGGGAAGCACCUGUCCUGCCAGACACACCAGGAGUCAAUUUUUAUACUCUUGAAACAGUGUGUUGGAAAGAACAGCUGAUUUUUCAUCUUGGGAAUAUUAAACAGUAACACAAGUUCGCUCUUUAAGCACUGAUCAUGAAGUUCUUAGUUUGGAUUUACUUUCAAAUCUCGAUUUUAAAGAGUAAAAUCUCAUUCCUGAGGGUAAGAGAUGCAGCAGCUGAUGCUGUUCUGCUGGUUGGUUCCAAACAGUCCGUGCUUUCCAUGAAUUGUAAAUAUUUGUUGAAACAAUUAAUGGUUGCAAAUUUUGAUCUUGGUAAAUAAAGUCGCUAAAAUAUUA